UUGCAACCCAAUUUAAAAAUGAUCUGAGGCUUUUGUGAAGGUCACUAUACUGUGGCCACAUUCCCUGGGACCUGCUGAUGAAUCACGAUAACAGAAUGAAAUUUGAAAAGUCCUUGACAUGCAAUGAAGACCAUUCCCUUGCAACAACAUCAAGCGUGUAAGCAUUCAAGAAAUACCCCUUUCCCCUUUCAUCAGGAAUCCCAGAUAUGGCAAACAAUCUAGCAUUUUGUCCUCCGUGAUUUGUUCCUGUUCUUUUGGCUAAAAGAUACCUGCCUUAUCUUUUGGGACUGGUCAAACAUCUAGCACACCAGCGCUAGAAGGACCUUGAAAGUCUGGAAAACAAGUGCAGCUGUAUGCCUUCCAGAGAUCAGGGCUAGGAGUAAUGAAAGGAUAAUUGUUGCUGUUCCUUUGACAGUCAGCAAUUCACCCAAGUCAACCUUUAGCACUUUUCAUUUUAGGGCUUUUUACCUUUGUCAUAAAAUAUGCCAGAGAUAGGCAAAUGUUAGGGCAAUUGGGAAAUGGUGCAGGCGUAUUUGGACCUUAGUCCCCUUGAGAACUACGGCUCUUGAGUGUUGUAAUCACCCUUGCAUAUUAGCGAUCUGUCAAUAUCAUGCCCAGUAAGGCACUUAAACUUGGGUUGCUCGAAAUAGAUAAAAACUAAAAGCUGCAGGUGUCAUGGCGCUGUCUUGUCUAAAUGGUAACCCAUGUUUUGCAGAAUAUCUUGCAACUUUGAAAAGCCAUUGAGAUUGUCUUAAAGUUUUUCAGUUCAAAGGUUUGCCAUUUAGAUACAACGGUGCCCCUGUUCAUUGUUUUUUGAUCAACUCCUUUCAGGGUUUGAACCUACACCCUUUCAGUUACUGACCCAGAUAUGUCCUGUUACCAUGCAAUGUUUAAUGAAGUCGAGAGCAAAAUAUAGGAAAUUACAAUGAGGAUAACAAAAAUGUACCCCAAGAGAUGAGGACACUCGUAAAAGUCUUAACUGCGUCCCAUGGGAAUGAAAGGAAGAAAUUUAAAAAUAGAACUUUGUUUCAGUUUGCCACCAAGGAGGACCAAACUAUUAUUCGAUACUACAUCCGUGUUUCUGGGGUCUACAAAGUAAUCCAUUGUCUGUAAGAGUUCCUCCUCACCUUAUCAAAGCUCCAAGGCAUGUGAUGUCAGGUCACUAUCUCUCGAAAUUCACACAUCCACUGCAUGCUUCAAAUACCCACUGUUACUCCAAGGACGAGCUUUCUUGGCGGGCUGGCUCCACUCAGGAGCACAGGAAUGGGGUGUAUAUAAAACACAUCCCCGCUGGUAACCCACCCUAAAACAAGUGCUGGAUUUCUCUGUGAUUGAAUCGGAAGAUGCUCUUCCACGCAGGAUUUUGGCUGUUGCUGAUUGUGGCGACUGGAUCAUGUGCCAGUGUAGAACACACAGAGCAGGAUAACAGCUCAAAGGUUACCCGACUAUCAGGAUGGAAUGGAGAUGAGCAGGAAGUUGCAGAUAUGGUACGCGUACCCCGCAGUGCCAGCGAACGGCUGAUUGGUCCGUCAGCUUAUUCAACACAUUCCAUUGAAAACGUGCCAUGUGAUGAAGAGCAACAAGCUCACAGUCAUGCCAUGGAUGACUUCCUGUCAGCCCUGAACAGGGAAAGUGAACUGGAGAGGAUGGAUCACCAGCAGUUCGGAAUAUGUUCAUCUGGAACUUCAGGUUUGCAGAUUUCACACCUAGUACCGACUUUGGACCAAAAACGAAGUGGCCUCAAGGGUGUACAUGCCAAAAAAGUAGAUAUUUGGGAUGCCGAGAAGGAAGGAGAGAUGACUUUAACCCUCACGUUCCCAAGGCAUCCUCAGCCGAGCAGCCCAGCCUCUGUGACGCUCCUGUUCAGUGUCGAUUCCAUUAAAGGAGAUGGUUUGAGAGUGAAAUUCAACAGUCAUUCCAUCCAUCCAAAUACACAGAGGGUUUGCAUUUCUGAAGCUACACGUUUCCUGGUCCUUAAAGCAGGACAAAGCCAUGCCCACGCUCACCUUAAGCUAAGUGUAACAAUUGAGACCUGGAAAGAUGAAAACCAGCCAAAACCCAGUGUGUCUGAGCUUCGGGACGUGUUGAUGAGAAAGGUAGAUGGCAGCAAUAUGUCAAUGAAGCCGGUUUUAGUUUUCCUCUCUGACCGUGACGAGCAAAGGACACCGCACUUACAAUUUCAGGGAAAUCCACUGGAUGAGAAACUCCCAUCCAGGACUUAUCUUUUCCUCUGCGAGCUGCAGAAGUUCUUGAGUGACGUCCUUCCUCAGAAAGAGGGGCCGACAUCUCAGGAAGGUGCAAAAAUCGUCUCUUUGGAAGCGCUGCAUUCCCUUCCACCUCUCAGCCUCGGAGCGUCAUCCACAGAGUCCCUGCUAUCAGGACUGGUGAAUUCCUCCACGCCGACUGUAUUUGUAUUCCCUGAGAGGCAGCAAGGCCUGCAGACUCACAGAGUGGAGGUGACACUAGAUUCUCCUCUGCUGUCUGUGCUGCAAAUGAGACUGGAUGAAGCCAUGGCUCAGGUGAAACAGCAGGAGGUGGGGCAAAACAUGAUUGACAGGCUUCAGAAACUGAGCGAACUAAGUGCUCUUUCUCCGAAAGGAGAGGACGAGGAAGCAGUUGCUAAGGAACAAAAACGGGCCCAGUACCGAUCCGUUUUGCUGUUGAAGGCCCUGCAGUUGGUACUCAGUACCUGGGAGGUGGAAAGAGCUCAGAGAGCAGUCAGAGCGGAUGAAGAUGGCCCAUCAGUGCCCAGUCAGUGUCGGCUUCAGAGCUUGUCCGUGUCCUUGAGAAAGUUCUUUCUUGAGCCGUCUAAAGUCAACAUCAACAACUGUGAGGGAGAGUGUGGAUUCCCCCUGAGCAGCGGCAACAAUCACGCCAUCCUCCUGAACAGCCAUAUUCAGAGCGGCCAUCCCGUCAAUCGCUCUCUCUGCUGCGUACCGGUGGAAUUUGAUGACCUGUGUGUGAUCGAGCUCGAGAGCGAGGGCACUAAUAUCUCCUUCAAGACCAAUGUGGUAGCGACCAAGUGUGAAUGUCGCUGACGUCCUCCUUUUGCCCU